AUGCGCAGAAAUUCGUCCAGAAGUGGCCGAAAAAUGCCACCGAAACAGGACGCGUUGCCUGACAGUAAUCCCAUUACUCAAAUAAAGAUAGAAUUCAGCAGCAAACAGAGAAAAGAGCUGCGGCAAGCUUUUGAUUUGUUGGACGUUCAAGGCAAAGGCUCCAUUGACAUCGCAGACAUCCAGCUCCCCUUGAGGGCAUUGGGGUUCCAGCCAUCUCGGGAGGAAUUGCGCGUUCUUUGCUCAAAGUAUGAUCCGGAUAAGAAAGGUGCGAUCGACUUCAGUGGUUUCCUCGCUCUGCUUUCGAAUAAAAUGUUGGAAGACGAUACCAAGGAUGAGCUCGUAAGAGCUUUUCGUCUAUUCGACAUUAAAGAUCGCGGCUGCAUCACAUUCCAGAACCUGAAAAAGAUCACCAAGACUUUGGACGAAGACCUGCACGAUGAGGAAGUACAGGUAAAGGUCCUACUCAUUUGUCCGAAUUCGGUUUCUUUGGGCCGUAAGGGAAGGGCUAUUUCUAAGCUAGAAAUAGACAGUCAAAAGGAUUUACAAUUGUCAUUACUGAUAAAACACAUUUUUUACAGUCCACAUUAG